CAGUGCUUUUCUAGAUAGGCUAGUUAUAUAUUUGUUUAGGUCAGUGAUUCAUCAAACUGAAAUUUUGAGUUUUCGAUACAUAAGAGGUUUAUUACAGCUAGAUCUAUAAAAUAAUAGAUCUUGAAUUGAAACUGAAAUCUGAAGGUCUAACCUAAAUCACACCUCACCAUGUCUGAACGAAAAGUUCUUAAUAAAUACUAUCCUCCUGAAUUUGAUCCCUCUAAGAUCCCCAAACUUAAGCAACCAAAGAACAGAACAUUUAGUAUUCGUAUUAUGGCCCCUUUCAAUAUGAGGUGCAACACAUGUGGAGAAUAUAUUUACAAGGGAAAAAAGUUUAACUCUAGAAAAGAAAAUGUUGAUAAUGAAGAUUAUUUAGGACUCAGAAUAUUUAGAUUUUACAUCAAAUGUCCCAAAUGUGUUGCUGAGAUUGCAUUUAAGACAGACUUAGCUAACACAGACUAUGCACUUGAAGCAGGUGCAACUCGUCUAUUUGAAGCAGAGAAGUUGGCCCAUCAAAUGGCAGAAAAAGAAAGGAAGGAGAAAGAGGAAGAUGAAUUGAAUCCUAUGAAGGUUUUAGAGAACAGAACCAAAGCUAGCAGAAAUGAAAUGGAGCAGCUUGAUCAGUUGGAUGAGCUUCGUGAAAUGAAUGCUCGCCAUGCAAGUGUUGAUUAUGAAAGCAUGCUGAAGCAGCAUAUGGUGUAUGAGGAACAGCUUCUGAAGCUCCAGGCAGAGGAGGAAGACAAAUUAGUACAGGAGAUUCUGAAGCAAGGAAGUUCAUCACAGAAAACUGUUAAACGAAUAGAUGAUGAAGACAGUGGUGAUGAAAGUUCUGCAAAGAAAGCAAGACAGGAACUCAUCACAUCUUCCAAAGCUACAGAUAUUUUGGCUACAGGAGAAACUAAACCAGAAGAAAAGAAAAAGGAGUCCUGGCAAAAAAGUGUUGGGACAUUUUCUAGCAAGACUUCACUGGCAGGUUUAGUUAAACGUAAAGCCCCAGUGAAGGAUUCACUAAUAAGCACUUCCUCUGAGAUUAAAAAUGAAUCUGGUCAUUCCAGAGUAGCCUGCCACGGGGCUGAGACAGUAGUUGUGGACACAGUGACUAUGCCAAGUGGCAGUAAUGACAUAACUAUAAAUCCAGUGGAGACCAAACCCUCAGUAAGUCUUGGCCUAGGGUUACUAGGUGGAUACUCAGAUUCCAGCAGUGAUGGAAAUGACUCUCCAUAAAGUUAUGUGUUUAUUUUUCUAACAGUCAUGCCGAUUUCUGGCAUUGUUUAAAAAUCUUUUUUUUUUAUGUACAAUCCCUUUAAGCCACUAGUGAAACUGUAGAACUACAGUAAAUAAAACCAAAACUGUACCAAGUACCCUAAAUUUUUGUUAUGCAAUGAAUUUCAUUUCACCAUCUGGCUAUUUGAUAUACUUGUAGGAUUGUACUCAAUCUGUUGUAUAGUUUCUGUUGAUUGUAAAUAAAUAUUUAGUUUAAAUAUGCAA